GCUCUACUAUUCAUGCCUGCCUUGUACUAUUGACAUGGUUAGCAUGGCAGCUUGUCUAUUCACGUUAGCUAGUUAGCUAAAUAUUAUCGAAUAGUUGGCAUAACCACUCUGAAUAAACAGUUUAAAUCAGGUUUCCAUGCAAUGUUAGGCAGCUAUGGGAUUCAACCAGUUACGCUGGUGUUUAACAACUCCAAAAACUGCUUUCUCCACCUGUCACCCAACUUAGUGGCUCAACUCUGUCUCCGAGAGAGUCAGGUAUUGGAGUUGUCCUGGGCUGAUGGUGAUAAACCCCUGUUCUUAAGCUGGAUCAGAGGCUCUAACACAUUAUCAUCAGGGCAGGAGGAGAGGGUUGAGCUCAGCAGACAGUUGGGAGAGAAGCUCAGCUUACAUGAAGGAACACAGGGCUUCCUGAAGCCAUGUGUUCAGGUGCAGUCAGUGCAGCAGGUGUUUGUGGAGCCUCUCUCCUCAGAUGACUGGGAAAUCCUGGAGCUUCACUGCUUGGCUCUUGAACAGCAACUUUUAGACCAGAUCCGAGUGGUCUUCAGGGACGCAGUGUUUCCUGUGUGGGUGGACCAACACACUGUCAUCUAUGUCAAGAUAGUCUCUCUAUCUCCGUCUGUCUCAUAUGGCCGCUUGGAGCAGUUCACUGAGCUGGUGGUCUCCCCCAAACUUCGACAUGGAGGCAAGCAACUUCCUCAUGUUCCCCCAGAUACUGAACCAAAGAAUCAACUUCUGCAAAGGCAGCAGAACACUGAACUCACAUCCUCAUCCGUUACCUCCUCCACUGGAACCGACCCUCUCCCUGAGUCCAUAACCAAACAGUCAGAUUACAGUCAGAGUCAUCGGGGUGGAAUAGCUGAUCUGAGGAGUCUGUUAAGAUACAUGUUCACAGGAAAAUAUGAGCCUGCAAAGGAGAUUCCUGAAGUUCCUACUAUCCCUGCUGUCUUCCAAGAUCGUGUGCUUCGGGUGUGUGGAUCCCCACCAGCAGCGAUAAGUCAUCUUGGUUCAAGUCAUGGAGAUGUUCAUGUAUUACCAUGGCACCAGUCAGAGUACAGGAGUAUAGAACAGCCUGUAUUAACCUAUGGUAGACUUUCAAAGAUUCACUCUCCUAAAGAAAUGAGGGAGCAGGCCAAGCAAGCGAUGGAGAAGAAGAAGAGCAGUGGCUCUCAGACAGAUACAGAUAUGCGGGAACACACAGAAGAGUCUGUUGUGGUUAGGAUGAUUUGCCACAGUGUAGAGAAGCUGCAUCUGGAUCAGAGCUCCUGUAAAAUGGGAGAAAUUUAUUGUGGGAAGAUUUGGAUCCCGAGCAGUUUGCGAGGAAGGUUAAGCAUCGACAUACACUCUGCUGUGAAAGUCCGUCCUUUGAGAUGUACCCCUAAAGUAGCAUUAGCUGUUUCGCUCCAGCCCUUACAUCCACUGGCUGAGAGUGAGAGAGAGGAAGAUGUUCAGUCUGCUUUCCUCAGCUGGCUUCAUGCUCUGAGCCAUCAGCCUUUAGCGUGUCUCACAGCACGGACCGACGUCAUCGUCCUGCGAUGCACUGAAGGAAAGUCUGAGUUCGUCUUGACUGUACUGAAACCUGAAGCUGAGCCAAAGCAAGUGGAUGAGAUCUUUCUCUUAUCCACUGGUGCCCUAUACAAAGCAGACAUACAGAUUGUCAAGGAGCCUCAUGUGUCGAACCAUACAACAGCACACCCUGCAGAGGGGUCACCUUGUGUUGGCUUUCCUUCCCUCAGCUCUCUUGGUGGUGUGGAGGACAUCAGUAUAUGUGCUUUUGAGCACAUUUCUCACAGUCUGAUGGGAGGACCACUCUCACGUGAGCUGGUAUCCACUGGCUGUGGCCUCCGGAGUGGAGCGCUGCUCAUCACAGGAGCCAAGGGGAGUGGUAAAACUUCUCUAGCCAAGGCUCUCUGCAUGAAAGCUGCAGAAGAGCUGGAUGCCCACAUCGAGGUACUGGACUCCAAGAAACUUAAAGGGAAACGAGCAGACACAGUGAGGCAGAGACUGGACGAGGUUUUUGAGCAAGCAGUGUGGAGACAGCCGUCAGUGGUCCUGCUGGAUGACCUAGAUCACAUGACUGGAGCAGCCACCACGCCUGAGCAGGAGCAGGGAGCAGAGGCAGUGCUACAUCACCACAUCGCACAGAGCUUGAAGGAUUUGGUGGAUGAAGUGGUGGCACGCUCCAGUUUGGUGACUCUGCUGGUCACAGCGCAGAAUGAACACUCUCUUCACCCAGUGCUGACUGAAGUGCAGGGUUCACACUUCUUUCAGAGCUUUUGUAAGAUCGAGCCACCCAACCAGAUCCAGAGAGUGGACAUCCUGAGGUCACUGAUGACCUGUAAAAACAUCAUAUCCGAAGACGGCUCAGGAAUUCUUGAUCUGGAUGACACAGCCAUGAAAACUGAGGGCUAUCUUCCACAAGAUCUGAACCUUCUACUGGACAGAGCCAUCCAUGCCAGUGCUGUACACGAUAGAGGCAACGGCAACACUCAAGGUGUGUGUUUGAGCAGUGUGGACUUGCAUCACGCUCUGCAGGGUUUCACACCUCCCUCUCUGUGGGGGGUGCAACUGCAAGUGCCCAGCGUUGCGGGGAUGGAGCAGGUGGGCGGGCUUCAUCAGGCACGCCAACUUCUAAUGGACACCAUCUUACUGCCUGCCAAGUACCCGCUGCUCUUCUCCACUCUGCCAAUUCGCCAUCGCUCUGGUGUGCUGCUCUAUGGAGCGCCUGGCACAGGGAAAACACUACUGGCUGGAGCGGUUGCCAAGGAGAGUGGCAUGAACUUCAUCAGCAUUAAGGGACCGGAGCUGCUCAGCAAGUACAUUGGUGCUAGUGAGCAGGCUGUGAGGGAUGUGUUUCAGAGAGCACAAGCAGCUAAGCCCUGUAUCCUUUUUUUUGAUGAGUUUGACUCCCUGGCACCACGCAGAGGACACGACAGCACAGGGGUCACUGACCGAGUGGUUAACCAGCUGCUCACACAGCUGGAUGGAGUAGAGGGGCUGCAGGGAGUGUACGUGCUGGCAGCCAGCAGUCGUCCUGAUCUGAUUGACCCUGCGCUGCUGAGGCCCGGGCGGCUGGACAAGACCCUGUACUGCCCUCCUCCAGACCGGGAAGCCAGGCUGGAGAUCCUAAAGGCACUGACUCACGCUGUGCCACUGGCUGCAGAUGUGGACUUGGAGCAGAUCGCUGUAGCCACCGAGCUGUACACAGGAGCCGACCUGAAAGGCCUGUUAUACAAUGCUCAGCUGGAGGCCAUUCACAGCAGUCUGGGACCUAGUGUGCUGGCUGAUUUGGGCUCUGGAUCAGACAGCGAAGUAAGCGUAUCAUCGCUGAUCUUCCUGAACCACAGCAGUGGCUCUGAUGACUCUGCAGGAGAGACUGAGGCUGGCAUGGAGACUUCUGCAGUGGCACUGGAGCACAGCGAGAUUCCCACUGAAGACUUAAACCACAACAUCUGGCGUCUCUACUUUGGCAGCUCAUUUGAUUUAGAGCUAGGCCACCAUUCACCUUCUGAGCUGAAUUCACAGUGCAUGUCUGUCCCCAACUCCACCACCCACGAUCUGACUGGCACAUCAGUGAGAGACGUGGCUUACCUCCGGGGCCCAGUGUUUAUGUCCUCUGUGCAGCAAGGCUUCCAGGAACUGAACCCUGAGCAAUCUGAGCGCCUGAGAGCCGAUCUCAACACCAUCAAAAGCAGCUAUCACAGGAGCCCAGAGGACACCAGUUUGGGGCAGACAGGCCCCAUUAAACCUGCGGUCCUGAUAUGUCAGUCUCACCUCACGUCAGCACUGGCUAACACUAGAGCCUCCAUCAGUAGGCAGGACUGGAGGAGGUAUACUGAACUAUACGAGUCGUUUGGGGCUUUGAGAGAAUGCAAGUCUCAGAACACUGUGCUGUUUACACCAGGGCAGCGAGUAACUCUGGCCUAAUGAGGACUUUACACACACACACACACACACACACACAGCAUAUUUACUACUUAAUGAAAGGAGGUGACUGUUGGUCACCUAUUAUAUGUUUGAUUAACGUAUUCACAUUUGAAUCACAUGUAAAUAGUUUUGCUAGGUUAGAAGAUUUAAUCAUCUUUGAUGUAAGAUAAUCAGAGAUUUUAAUAAUUGUAAUAUAUUUCAGAAAUGCUUAAGGGGUUUUGAUUUAUGCAACUAUAUAAUCAAGGAGCUGGUAAUGUAAACAUUUGAUUCCCUAACUUAAUUAAAUUAAUAUCGAUUUACUGUAUUUUUUAAUAAUGCUUUAUUUUUUACACACAUCUGCCUGUGGAAACACAUCCAUCAAAUCUUGGCAUGUUGUUCACAAAAGUGUCAUCUGUCUGCUUAUCCCAGCAAAAGCAAUUGCUUAAUAAACUUGGCCUUGUUCACCUUCCCA